AUGAGUAAUAAUGUUGAUAUGACUGAAUCAAUUCCUAUGGAUGAAUCUUCAAAUAAAAUUCAACAGCCAAAAGAAGAUGAUGAAAAUCAUCGUCAAUGUAUUAAUGAAUUACGUAAUAUUUUUCUUCAAGUUCAUCAUUGUCAACAAGAACCAGAUAAACAUGUAAGUCUUGAUAUCCUCCCUUUUUUUUUUUUUGCUCGCCAAAAAGAAAACACCUGUUAA